AUGAUCGAGGCGGCCGUCUCUGCGGUGGUCUCUGGGCCGAUCCGUGACCUCGUACUUGUCACACUCGGCGCAGUCGCGGCGCUGCUGACCACGGCGCUCGUCCUCUGGCUGCGCCGACGAGCCGAACAACAGAGACUCGUCUCGGCCGCCCGUCUUCCCACCCUUCCGUCCCGCUCCUCCUCCUCCUCCUCUUCCAUCCCCUCUCUCGAUAUCGCAACUGCAGCAGCAGCAUCAGCAGCAGGAGAAGUUAACGGAACUGUCUCAGCACUUGUUCCUACUCAGCGUACAACCAAUGGAGCCCUGUUAUCAAUGGAUCAUGGCCCAUACGCCACUGCAGUAGCCAAUGCUGCUACUGCUGCUGCUACAGCUACAGCGGGUCGGUCAGCUUAUAACGCGGAUUAUGGUGGCUUUGGCGACCCAGUGGCUGCCGAAAAUGGUCUUGCUUCUAACGGAUACGCCGCGUUGAACGGGGCUGCUUCCAACGGGAAUGCUCUUAACGGGUAUGCUCCUAACGGGGCUGCUUCCAAUGGGCAUGCUCUUAACGGGUCUGCUUCCAACGGUCAUGCUCUUAACGGGCACGCUCUUAACGGGGCUGCUUGUAAUGGGCAUGCUCUUAACGGGUAUGCUCCUAACGGGGCUGCUUCCAACGGUCAUGCGCUCGCUGCUAACGGGCACGCUCUUAACGGGUACGCAGGGCACAGUGCUGGCCAGGAGUUAUCCGGAGGCGAACGAGGCAGCCAUACCGUAGAGGAAUCUGGGAGGAGCACAAGCCAGAGCGGGAUCAGAAACACCAGCAGCAGCGAGAGCAGCAACAGCAGCACGGACAACAGAGAUAGUAAGGCCACGAGAGCACCCAUCAGCAGCAAAACCGGCGGUGGCAUCUGGUCUAAAGGCCUGGCAAGGGCCUUUGGAAUAGGCUCCGGUGCGGCAGAAGCAGCUGCAGCCUCAGCAGCAACGGGCAGCAGGAGCGGUGGUGGCGCAAGAACUGGCGCCAAACCGAGUGGAGGAACCAGCAUGAAGGGAAGCACAGGAGCCAGCACGAAAGGAUACCCCAGCACAAAAGCAAGUGCAACAAAAGCGAGUGCAAAAACGAAUGGGAAAGCGAGUGGAAAGGCGAGUGGAAAAGCGAGCACAGGCACUGCUGCUGCUGCCUCCGGCAGCGACAGGAAGCUCGGAGCGCCUACAGACGUGGGCGUGGGCAUGCAAAAAGAAUCCGUCGAAUGGGUCAACAUGGUCCUCCAUAAGAUGUGGAAGGUCUACCGCCAGCCCAUAGAAACCUGGCUGGUAACCAGAAUCCAACGCAGCAUCGACAAGCUUCAACCCACGCUCCCGGCCCCAUUCUCCCGCGUGGAAAUAGCAGUGUUUACGCUGGACUACGAGCCGUUUGCAGUGAGGACGGUGCAGCAGCGGCCGAGCAGGAAGGCGGAUGAUCUGCAGUACCAUGUGGGGGUGCGGUAUACCGGGGACGCGCACUGUAUGAUUAGGCUGCAUUUGGAGGUGGGGGGUUUGAAGUGGUCCGUGCCGGUGGACGUGCAUGACUUGGACGUGGAUGCGGAGGUGUGGGUGAAGCUGCGCCUGACGCCCAAGAAGCCGUUUGUCGCCAGCCUGUCUCUCGCGUUCGUGCGGCUUCCCACCAUCAAGCUAGUUCUCGCACCUUUCCACGUGCUCAACGUGGUUGGAAUCCCAUUCCUCUCCAAGCUGCUAACAGAGGACCUUCCGCGGCUCCUCGUGCUGCCACGCCACAUCAGCCUGGACUUCCUGCCACCUGGCAUGGACGCUGACGAGGAGGAAACGGACGCGGGCACAGACGUGGGCGCUGACGUGGCAGCUGACGUGGCUGCUGGCGUGGGACAACAGGAAAGAGAGGCGCAGUGGCGGACCGAAGCAGCAGCGUCUGCUGUGGUUAGAAGUCUGUUCAACACAUCCGGAGGCAUGAACUGGGGAGAGACCAGCAACGGCAGCAACGGCAGCAGCUACAGCACCACAACCACCGCCACCAGCAGCAAUAGCAGUGGUUCAAUGAACAGCCAUGGUGGCACGAACGGAAUUGGCAGCAGCAGCAGCACUGGCCCCACCACCACCACGGGAUUCAGCACAGCAGGAAUCAUCACCACACCUGCCAACACAGGCACCUCCACUUCCUCCUCCCCCUCCCCUUCCCCUUCAUCCGCCCCCUCCGCCUCCUCCUCCCCCGCCCCCUUCCCCUCGUCCGCCAACCACGCGCCCCUCCAGGGAGACACAUCUGACGCCUUCAAAGGAGAGCUCUCAGUCACUCUCUGCGAGGCCCGCAACCUCCCCACCUCGCCGCUCUCCCUCCUCUCCCUCCCCACCUCCCCUCCCUCUCCCCUCUCCUCCCCUUCCUCCAGCCUUUCCUCUUCUCCCACCAAACCUCCUCCUUCAUCCCGUCCAAAAAACAACCCCCUGGCGAUUCUCAGCCGGCCGCUUUCGCUCCUGAGUGACCCGUACUGCCGGCUGGUGUUUGGGGGGGCGGUGGUGGAGAGCAAGAGGAACAGGCAGACGUCUCAUGCAGCAGGCCCAAGGGACCCGGUGUGGAAUCAGGACUUCCUGUUCUGCGUGGAGAGCCCCAAGAGGCAGAAGCUGACUGUCGUGGUUCGGGACUCUGCCUUAUUUCAGCGAGACUUGGGCUUUGUGCAGCCCAUAGAGGCGCUCGCUGUCGUGGUGCGGGACUCUGCUCUGUUCCAACGAGACGCUGGGCUUCGUGCAGGUGGGGGGCAGCAACCCCUCUUGAGAUGGGCCCCGCAGGUAGGGAGGACCGUCGUUGUGCGGGACUCUGCUCUGUUCCAACGAGACGCUGGGCUUCGUGCAGGUGGGUGGGCGCUAGCAGUCUCUCUUAUGACUAGUCACUAG